CUCGCCCCGCUCUUUGCUGGCAGCUCGCAAGGCAAGUUUUAGUUUUCCCUCGUCCUCUAAGGGCGGCUUGGCGCUUAGUUCUUUCUGAUCACAGCAGGAAGGCACGGGGUUGGCAAGACCCUCUGCUGCUUCAGCCAACUGCCAAAAGAGGGCAGGGAACCCCCCUGCUCUUCUGUUCCGGAGGCGCGCUACUAAAUAUGCUGGGGAUCGUUACCAUCACAGUUGGACAAAGAGAGUCCGACGAUGUGAACCAAAGAGACUCAGGUAAAGAAAUGACUGCUAACUCAGCGCUUGUUCAAGACAUCGUGAAGGACGGGCAGGACGAAAUGCCUGAAAUAACUGAACAGAUUCCGUCUUCAGAAAGCAACGUAGAGGAGCUUACACAGCCUACUGAGUCCCAGACUAAUGAUGUUGGAUUUAAGAAGGUGUUCAAGUUUGUUGGCUUUAAAUUCACUGUGAAAAAGGAUAAGAGCGAGAAGUCUGAUGCCGUCCAGCUGCUCACUGUCAAAAAAGAUGAAGGUGAAGGAGCAGGAGGGUCCGAUGGGGCUGGUGACCACCAGGAGCCCAGCCAGGAGUGUGAAGAAGUGGCACCUAAAGAGAGUGAAUUUAAACAAUCUACAGAGAAACCUGAAGAGACUUUGAAACUUGAGCAGUGCAACACAGACAUUUCUCUUCAAGCUGAGCGCAGUCAAACAGAGGAAGGUAAAGAAGAAGGGGAAGAAACACAAGAAAAAGAACCAACCAAAGCUCCGGACUCUCCAGCCAGUCCAGUGGCCAGUGAAACAGCGUCACCCUUCAAAAAAUUCUUCACCCAAGGUUGGGCUGGCUGGCGGAAGAAGACCAGUUUCAGGAAGCCCAAGGAGGAUGAGCUGGAGGCUUCGGAGAAGAUGAAAGAACAAGAGCCGGAAAAAGUAGACACGGAAGAAAAUGAAAAGCCAGAAGAGGCCCCUGAGAAACUGGCUGCUCCCGAACAACCACACCCACAGGUCACUGAAAGCGCCAGCGAUGCCCGAUUAUCCGCUGAAUAUGAGAAAGUGGAGCUGCCCUCUGAAGACCAAGGGCAGGGAUCUCCUGAAGAGAAAACUGCCCCUUUAGCCACAGAAGUAUUUGAUGAGAAAGUAGAGAUUGUUGCAGAAGUUCACGUUAGCCCCAUAGAGAAGGAAACAGAGGAGCAGAAGGCCGAGGGAGAAGUAGUAGAGGCCUCGCCACCUGAGAAACCAGUAGAAACCAGUGCUGAUCUCCAGAAAGCUGACGCUGCUGAGGAGCUGGUGAAGACCAUAGCCAUGCAUGCCCCCGGGGAGGACCACACUGAGCCAGCGGACCCGUGUCCCAGCGAGAAGGCCCCGUGCGCGCUUCCCGAAGGCGUGGUCAGUGAGGUGGAAAUGCUGUCCUCACCAGAGCGAAUUAAGGUGCAGGGAAGCCCUUUGAAGAAACUUUUUACCAGCACUGGCUUAAAAAAGCUUUCUGGAAAGAAACAGAAAGGGAAAAGAGGAGGAGGAGGCGAUGAAGAGUCGGGGGAGCAGCCGGCUGUGGCAGAAUCUCCAGAUAGCGCAGAUGAGCAGAAGGGCGAGAGCUCUGCCUCGUCUCCCGAGGAGCCCGAGGACACAGCGUGUCUGGAGAAGGGCACAGCCGAGGCGCAGCAGGAUGGGGAGGGCGAAGAAGGAACCACUUCCGACGGGGAGAAAAAGAGGGAAGGUGUCACUCCCUGGGCAUCUUUCAAAAAGAUGGUGACGCCCAAGAAACGUGUUAGGAGGCUUUCUGAAAGUGAUAAAGAAGACGAGUUGGAAAAGGUAAAGAGUGCCACCAUGUCCUCCACGGAGAGCGCGGCCUCUGAAAUACAGGAGGACAUGAAAGGAAACGGGGAGGAGCAGAAGCCGGAGGAACCGAAGCGCAAGGUUGACACCUCAGUCUCGUGGGAAGCUCUGAUCUGUGUGGGCUCAUCCAAGAAGAGAGCCAGGAAAGGGUCGUCUUCCGACGAGGAAGGGGGACCGAAAACAGUGGGAGGAGACAGUCCCAGACCAGACGAAGCGGGAAAAGACAAAGAAACGGGACCAGAGGCUGUCCCUGCCGGCUCCCAAGAGCAGGAUCUGGGGCCAGGGAGCUCCUCCCCCGAGCAAGCUGGAAGCCCCUCUGAGGGAGAGGGUGUCUCCACCUGGGAGUCAUUUAAAAGAUUAGUCACUGCAAGAAAAAAGUCCAAGUCAAAACUGGAAGAGAAAAACGAAGACUCUGUAACUGGGCCUGGCGUCGAACACUCGGCUUCCGAUGCUGAGCCCGGGAAAGAAGAGUCUUGGGUUUCGAUUAAGAAAUUUAUUCCUGGACGAAGAAAGAAAAGGUCAGAUGGGAAACAAGAACAAGCCACUGCUGAAGAUACAGGACCAGUGGAAGGCCACGAAGAGGACUCCGAUGUCCCAGCUGUGGUGCCUCUGUCUGAGUAUGAUGCUGUAGAAAGGGAGAAGAUCGAAGCACAGCAAGCCCAGAAGAGUGAGGAGAAGCCUGAGCCCUCAGUCACUGUCCAGGUGUCCGAAGAGCUCAAUAAGAGUCUGGUUCACGCAGUGACCGUGGCCCUCGUUGAUGGGACGAGGGCAGUCACCAAUAUCGAAGAACGGUCACCUUCUUGGAUCUCAGCUUCAGUGACAGGACCUCUCGAACAAGUAGAAGAUGAAGCCAAACCGCUCACUGAGGAGGGAAUAGAAAGAGAAGUCCUGGCAGAUGAAGCUCCUGUGGUGACCAAAGCUCUGCCGGAGCACCACGAAGCCAGUGAUGACACGCUCGUCAGUGAGGUGGAACUCACUUCUGAAGCCGUGACAGCUGCAGACGCCACCGAGGCAUCUGCUGCUGAAGAGACUGCCGACAUGGUUUCAGCUGUCUCCCAGUUAACUGAUUCCCCAAACACCACCGAGGAAGCCACCCCAGUUCAGGAGGUAGAAGGCUGUGUGCCAGACAUAGAAGACCAAGAGAGACGAACCCAAGAGGUCCUGGAGGCGGUUGCAGAAAAGGUCAGAGGAGAAUCACAGCUGCCUGACACCAGAGGGCCAGGAGACACAAUUCAAACCAUGCAGGAAGAAGGGCCAGAAAUGCCAGUCAAGGUGGAGGAACCACAGGAUUCGCAAACGGUAGAUGGGAAGAAAGAGGUGGAUGUAGUGUUGAAAGUCCAUGGGCAAGAAACUAAAACUGAGACUUUGAUACGAGAGAAGGUGCUUGUACAGGCCACCCCAGAAAGUGUUGUGAAAGGUCUUCAAGGUGCAGAGACCGUAGAGUCCAGUGAACAUAGAACCACCUGUCAAGCUGAAACCUUGGUUGAGGUAAAAUCAGAGAUUAUACUGGAACAGGCUGCAGCUCCUGACACUGCUGAAACCCCUACAGACAGUGAGACCAAUGGAAGCACCCCAGUAGCUGACCAUGAAGCCCUAAAUAUAACACAGCAAGACAAGAGCAUGGAAAUCCAUGAAGAUAAUGAGGUCACCUCUGGUACACAGCCUCAGGUCCCAGAAGCACAGGUAGUUCCCAUAAUGAAAGAGAUGCCUCCAGCACCUUCCAGUUUUGAAUCCCAGGAAGAAAGUGAAGAAUAUUCAAAAAUGGAAGAGGUUCCAGAUCAUACAGAUAAAGAGGUAUCAGUGGAAGCCAUACCCAUUCUUUCAAAGACUCAAGAAAUGGUCCAAUUUGCUGAUAAGGAGACCACAGAUGUGGUGCUCGAUGGAGGCCUGGAGGUGUCUGUGGACAGAGAAACAACAGUCAGUCAGAAAAAGACACCUGAAGUUGCCCUUAAAGAUGACAUUACUGAGGAAGCUGAAUUUCCAAAGAAUGAUAAUAUUGAACUCCAGAGUCAUGCUCAAUCCCUUCCAACCGGGGUGGAGAGAGAGAUGGUAGUUCAAGUAGUAAGGGAAGAAAUGGAAGCAAAGCCAACCCAAAUGAGUGAAGAGAAACUGGAGCAAAAACCGGCUGUUGCUGUGUCUGAGGAGCUCAGUAAGCAACUGGUGCAGACAGUCAGUGUGACUGUCAUAGAUGGGGAAAAGGAGGUUAUCAGUUUUGAAGAAGGUUCUCCUCCGCCAGUGGAAGAGGAAGUGGUAUGCACAGAAACUCAUGUUCAAAGCUCUGAGGCAUCACUAACGCUAACAGCUGCCUCAGUGGAGGAGGUCUUCAGAGAAACCGUCGGGAUUGUAGAAACAGCUGAACCUUUGGAGUCUGCAGAUGCACACUUAGUACUGGAAGAAAAAUCUGAAAAAGAUGAAGGCACUUCUGCUCCAACAGGAGAAGAUGCAGUGCCCACAGGGGCUGAAUCUCAGGCAGAAUCGACACCAGUAGCAGUACCUGCUCCACCUGGAAAAGGCAUGAGUGCCGACCUGGAAGGAGAGAAAAGCACGUUGCAGAACUGGAGGUCAGGUGGAGACGAUGCGCAGGUUUGUGGUCAGGAAGGCAAAGUGAGCAAAACGGGAAAGGAAGAUAUAAAGGCAGAAAGUGAGAUUCUGAAUCUUGAGACUGAGAGCAGUAAACUCGUACAAAAUGUAAUUCAGACAGUUGUUGACCAGUUAGAAAGUACAGAAGAAGCAGCACCUGAUUUCCAGACACAGGCUCAGCUGAUAAAAGUUGAUCACCAGGAAGGUGGACAGAAAAUGGAAGAACGUGAACUUCCAGCCUCUGCCCAGGGCGAAGAACAGACCCCCACAGCCGAAGAGGAGUCAGUACCGACCCCUCCAAAACAAGCACCUGAGGUUUCCAAAGGUGGGGGUGACGCUUCAGAAGAGACCACAACCGAGAAGGUAGAAAGUCCCAGUGUGGAUGAGCAGCAGCUUGAAGAGGUAGUUCUCCCCCCGGAGGCAAAGAACGAGGCAACUGGAACAGAGCGUGUGCUGGAAGCCAACAAAGGUGCUGGGUUAGGAGAAAGAAUAGAGGCAUCGCUCUCUGAAUCCCCAGAAGGUGAGAGAAGUGAUGCUCUGGAUGCCCCCGGGGGCCACAGCACGGCCCCAGAAGAUGCAGAGGCCUCGGGAGGCCUGACCAAAGAGUCCCUGGAUGCAAAUGGACCAAAACUGAAAGAGGAGGACGGCCAGGAAGGACAACUUCAGGAAGGGAAAGUGCAUCAUGAGUCAGGAAAAGAGCUCACAACUCAGACGCAGGAGGAGACGCAGAAACCGGAGAGGGAAGCGGCAACCUCGGCCCUUGGAGAGCCCUAAAGUGUCUGCUAAACCCAUAUAUUUGCCAGACCAGAAUGUGAAGACAAGGAGUGGAAGGAACAGACAGCUGCGGAGGCACAGCCCAGUUUUCAGACUCGAAGGGAACAGGCCCAUCAGCUGGUGUCAUCUCUAGUGACCCCCUGACAAUCCUGAGGCGUCAUCAGGAGCUACAGCUAAUGGGGCCUCCUUUCGCGGCCACCCUAUCAUUUUCCCUUGGUACCACGUAAUGUCUCUGAUUGGAGAUACUUAAAGUUUUAAUCUGGAACUGGAGUUGGCAAUUUGCCGGUUCUACUUCUCAAACUGGAGUAUCAUUCUUUAUGUAUUUAUAUGUAUGUUUUAAGUAACCCUCCUGUAUCUAUUGUAUAUUUUUUCUUAAUGUUUAAGAACAUGUGAAGUAUAGUCCACUCCUCUUGUAUAUCCCAUACUUUGUGACCGGGGCAUGCAGCCAUGGUCAAGCCUGGGGAAGGAAGCUUUAUGCCUCAGUUAAAACCUGUGAAAUCAGCUUUCUAGAAAUAACAUUCCUGAUCAGAAGCUACAAUUCUUAAUUUAAAAUUCACUGAGGAUUAGGUCUGUGUUUACUGUUAGUUUGAAAUUGGUCACUUCCCUAUUACACACAGUGUGCUAAAAAUAAACUUUUUUUUGUGGGGGGGAGGGAAACAUACGGAAUGUUCCAUUUUUACUGUGAAAUUUUUCUUUCUAGCCCAGUGGAGGUUGGAAGGAAGUUUUUUUCAGUAACUGAUUCACUUGAAGUCUUUCCCCCGGAAUUGGUAUGCUUGGAGAUGAGUGUGCUUAAAUCCUGAGGCAAAGUAGUGAAAUGUUUUUCAUCUUACCAAGAAAAGAAAAGACUGUUUUAAGUUUUUGAUUCUACUCUUAUAUGCAGGACCACAUCCACAUACAGCAUGAGAAAAGUAGGUUCUUUACAAAAGGUAUUUUGGUAGCUACUGGCCUGUGCCUGUGCCAUAUUUGUGCCCACUCUUUAAAGAACAAUGUCGCAUUAUGUUCAUUUGGAAAAAACUGUGAUUUGACAACUGAUUUAAAUAAAAUAUUUGCUUCACUUA